AUGCCUCGCAUUAUCACCUACACCUGCCUCGGCUGCAGAGCCACAAUCGACAACCCGGCCCGCAACGAUCCCGCGAACUGGCGCUAUGAUCCUGCCACCGGCGAAACCAUGGUCGACAUUGAGUCUUUCGAGUUCCGCUGUGCACAGUGCAACGGAGGUCAAGCUGAGUUCUUCUACCACCCUGAAGAACAGCAACUCAUGUCACAGGGUGCCAUUCCGGCUCCUAAUGGACCCCAUGGUGCCAAUGCUCAUCAGCGACAGCCUGGCGCUGGACGUCCUGAGCGACGAGAAAGUCGACGAAACCGCCAUCGGGAGGGUCGUCACGGUCAUCACCGCGCUCAUGGUCAAGGUCAAGCUCCUGGUUUUCAAGCUAGGCUUCAGGCUAUGGUUCCUCCGGGUAUGCUUCCCCAAGCUCUCGCUCCCCAGGGCCGACCCCAUCAUGGUCAAUCCCAUCGUGGCCAUGCUCAUCAUGGCCAUGGACAUGGUCACGCUCACGGUCAUUACCACCACCAUCACGAAGAUGACGAUGAUGACGAUUACGAUAGUGAUCUUUUUGGCAGUGACGGUGACGAUGAACACGAGCCUGAUUGCAUGAACCAUCCCAACAACCGCCACCGUCAGCCCAAUCACAACCACGGUCAAAUGCGUCAAGCCGGUCCCCCAGGCGGUCAUGGUCGUGUUCCCAACGCUAACCCAAUGCAAAACCCAGGUCGUCGCCUCGGUCAUGGCCAACCUGGUGGUUAUGCUCAGCCUGGAGCUUUCGGCAUGCCUGCUCAAGCACCACCUGCUGGUAUGGGUCGACCCGGACCUCAAGCUGCUCCACCGCAGGCGCGACCUGAUGUUCAGAGAAUGCUUGACACAUACACUGGUCGUGCUCAGGGACCACCAGGUAGUGUGGAGUUACCCCCGCCUGGAAUGUACACUAUUCGCGCUGAUGGACGGAUCAUCGAUGAUGAGGGAUACCCAAUGCCUGCUGGAUUCAAUCCUCCUCCUGGAAUGGUUGCUCAGCCAGGAGCCGCUGGUCAAGGUCCAGCUCGAGCUCAAGCUCCUCCUGCAUACAACCCCGACCCUUAUGGGUAUGAUUACUAA